AUGGAUCAACCCGAGCAUCAUUUCACCGUCUUCGUACGGAUGCCAUACAAGCGCGGCACCUUUGUUGAUCCUCCUCCAGUCGUCUGGAACACCACCAAAGAACAUGCACUAUGGGAUAUUUUAUCAAGAAUGGCCAAAAACAGCGACACGGAUUGGAAAUCCUUGGCUGAGCAGUUCGAAGUCUCGGAACGAUUCCUCCUCCAACAAGCUGCCUGGCUUUAUGAGCGUAAUCUACAACAGGUUCGUGCUCAUAUGAGACGUGUGGGGAAUAGCAGGCAGUCUGCCACCCCUAGUCCAGUCCCUGGAUCAACUUCUGCCAGCAUGGUCGGUGGUCAGGCCAUGAGAAGGACUGAAAGCGGUGGAUCACGUGUUCCAUCCAGACUUUCAACCCAAGCAUUGGGUAGUCCCACUGUUGGCGGCGGGGAUAGUACGCCAGGUACUCCUGCAAAGAGCAGAGCUUCUUUACCAUUUCGAAAUGUCCCUGGCAGCGGAAAUGCUGGCCCGCCCCAGAUUCGAGCUGUGUCAGCCACUGCAAGACCACUAUCCCGCCAGUCUUCCAAGGAUGCAGACAACGCAAUCGGCCAUGCCUCGUUGCAGUCAAGGCGUGGAAGCAUUCAGCAUCAUAUCAGCCGCUCGCCAGGACAACCACGCACUAUUCUGCAACAGCAAUCCCAGGCUCAACCCCAAUCAUCAGACUCUGAUGAAGAAAUGACACAAUCACGAAUGCUCACGAGAAGGCCUAAUCCGUCAUCAGUCAAUCGUCGGGGCCUCUCUCUGCGAAAGGAUCUUCAGUCGCAACGUGGGAUUGCAGCUAGCCAGGAAGACUCAAAUACCAAUGCUCAACACUCAAUCUCUGACGACGAUGACGAUGAUGACUCUCCCUCAUUCCUACCGUUCGCAACGCCUAGUACACAACCCAGCAAUCUUGAUUCUAAGCAACGUCCGUCAUCUUCUUCACAGCAAGAUCCCAGUGCUACUCUGCGUGGAGAAUUUGCCCAACAGCCUGGCCCGUUCCAAACGCAGAAUGCUCGGCCCGGUAUUCAUCGCCGAGGAACUUCUGAGCGCGUCUCAUCACCCAUAGUCGAACCUCCAACACCGAGAACUGCCCAGGAUAUCACAAGUUCUACGUCCUCAAUUUCAAGCCCGACCACCGAGACUCACCCAAGUACGACUGCAACAUAUGUCACGGCUAGAACGCAUCAAUCAAACGUGGGUAGCAAUGUCUCUCGUCAAGCUCAAGCCACACAUGCAUUCAACCGAACAGGAAAUGUCAAUCCUUUGAGUCCACCUCAUCGUGCACUUUUGCCUUCCUCACCACGACGUCAUGCAACUGGUGCGGGUAGUGACACAAGCCCCAGCAUGGGAAGCUCGUUCUCGGAUCUUGACGAUGCGAGCGUGACACAGUCAGCUUUAGAGGAGGCACUUCUAUCAGGCAUGGGUAACACAACGAUGACGAUGCAUGGAGGUGUUGCUGGUAGAGUUAGUGGCAUCAGCCAGGCUCUCAGAAGUCGAUACUUUGACUCAAGAGGGAAUGGAACCGGCGAGCGUUAG